AUGAUAAAGACAUGUGGAAUUUCAUUAAACUUGUUUUUAUUUGUCGGAUGCUUUUUGACAUGUUCAGCAUCUAAUACGCCUCGAGUGCAUGUAAGCUCUGGAGAAAUUGCAGGCAUACCUUAUGCAAGUCCCCCAGUUCAAAAUUAUCGAUUUAAAGAACCUCAACCCGUAAAGCCUUGGUUGGGAGUAUGGAACGCCACCAUUCCUGGAAGUGCCUGUUUCGGACUAUCUUUUGGAGAAGAUUUUAAAUCUAUUUUAUCACUUAUUGGUCAAGAAGAUUGUUUAUUUAUCAACGUGUAUACGCCUAAGCUUCCACUAGAGAAUGCACCAGGUAAACUAAUGAACGUUGUGGUGCAUAUACAUGGUGGCGCAUACCUUGGUGGCGAAAGCCUGACAUAUGGUCCAGAAUAUCUUUUGGACAACAACGAUUUCGUUUACGUAACAAUGAAUUACCGUUUGGGCGUAUUAGGAUUUGCUUCCACCGGUGAUGGUGUUUUGCCUGGGAAUAACGGAAUGAAAGACCAAGUAGCAGCAUUGAAGUGGAUACAACAAAACAUAGUUGCAUUUGGUGGUGACCCAAACAGUGUAACAAUCACUGGCAUGUCAGCUGGUGCAGGUUCUGUUCAUAGCCAUCUGAUUUCACCAAUGUCUAAAGGGUUAUUUAAUCGAGUAAUUAUUCAAAGUGGAAGUGCAUUUUGUCAUUGGUCGCAUACUGAAAACGUUGAUCAAAAAACAAAGUAUGUUGCAAACAUGCUGGGAUGUCCAACAAAUAAUUCCUUGGAAAUCGUCGAAUGUCUUCGUUCUAGACCAGGAAAGGACAUUGCUCAAUCAAUAAUAAACUUCAUGCCAUUUACAUUUAGUCCCAUUGUACCGUUUGGUCCAACUGUUGAAGUAGAAGGAGACGAAAAAUUCUUACCUGAUAUCCCAGAAAAACUCGUUCCAUAUGACAUUCCAGUACUGAUAAGUUUAUGCCAAGAUGAGGGUCUUAUUUUACAAUUAAUUUUUGGUUCAGACAAUGCUAUUAAUGAACUAAACAAUAAUUGGAAUGAACAUUUACCACAUCUUCUUGAUUAUAAUUACACGAUUUCCGACAACGAGAAUCUGAGGUCCGAAAUUGCUCAAGAUAUAAAAGAGUUUUACUUUGGUGACAAACCAAUAUCAAAAGAAACAAAAAGCAAUCUUGUAAAAAUGAUAUCAGAUAGAUUAUUUGGAUAUGGAAUUAGUAAAGCAGCCCAGCAUAUUGCUGCGAAGAAUACGGCGCCUGUAUAUUUCCAUGAAUUUGGAUACAGUGGUAAUUAUUCUUACAUAGCUGCGUUCGGAACAAAACCUUAUUCCCGAGAAUCAAACGUAACUCAUGGCGAUGAAACCUUUUAUAUAUUAAAAACGAACGGUAUCAAUGUUCACGACAAUGAAGAAGAUGCAAAGAUGAUGAAAACUAUGGUCAAUAUUUGGUCAACCUUUAUUAAAAACGGAGUUCCAGAUAUUGGAAAUUCAGAAAUUUGGUCACCUGUUUCCAAGAAUCCAGCAGAUCCUCUCAGGUUCAUUAAGAUUACUCAACAACAAACAUUUGAAGCCAGAGAACAUUCGAACCAUGGAAAUUUUGAAUUUUGGAGUAGAUUACCAUUAACAGAGUUUUAUAAUAUUAAUGUGCCAGAAGACGUAAAAACUGAAUUAUAA